UUCAUGACGGCGGCGCCGACGAAGAGUGCCGCGAGUCCACCGGCCAAGGCCAGCGGAAGCAAGAGCAAGAAAAAGGGGGAUAAAAAGGAGGAGAGGACAAGGACAAGAAGGCGUCGACGGGGAAGGAGAUCCGGGAGACCACCGCCAUCGCAAGACCGAACAAGAGGAAGAUGAGGAGCUGCUCGCCGAGACGAACGCCAAGGCCAAGACGGUGUUCCGCUUUGAGGCGUCCCCGCCGUACAUCAAGUUUGGCGAGAUGCGCGACUACCAGAUUCGGGGGCUGAACUGGAUGAUUUCGCUGUACGAGAACGGCAUCAACGGAAUUUUGGCCGAUGAGAUGGGUCUGGGAAAGACGCUGCAGACGAUUUCGCUGCUGGGGUACUUGAAGAACUUCCGGAACAAUCCGGGGCCGCACAUUGUGAUCGUGCCCAAGUCGACGCUGCAGAACUGGGUGAACGAGUUUGGGCGGUGGUGUCCGUCGCUGCGGGCGGUUUGCCUGAUUGGUGAUCAGGAGACGAGGAAUGCGUUCAUUCGGGAUGUGUUGAUGCCCGGGGAGUGGGACGUUUGUAUUACGUCGUAUGAGAUGUGUAUUCGGGAGAAGGCGGUGUUUAAGAAGUUCAACUGGAGAUAUAUGGUGAUUGACGAGGCGCAUCGUAUCAAGAACGAAAAGUCGAAGUUGUCGGAGAUUUUGAGGGAGUUUAAGACGGCGAAUCGGCUGCUGUUGACGGGAACGCCGCUGCAGAACAACUUGCACGAGCUGUGGGCGUUGUUGAACUUUUUGCUGCCGGAUAUCUUCAACAGCGCUGAGGACUUCGACUCGUGGUUCGACGCGAACGAGUGCAUCGGGGACAACACGUUGAUCCAGCGGCUGCAUGAGGUGUUGAAGCCGUUCCUGUUGCGUCGGUUGAAGAGCGAGGUGGAGAAGCGGCUGCUGCCGAAGAAGGAGGUCAAGAUCUUUGUGGGGUUGUCCAAGAUGCAGCGCGAGUGGUACACGAAAAUCCUGAUGAAGGACAUUGACAUUGUGAACGGUGCGGGGAAGAUGGAGAAGAUGCGUCUGCAGAACAUUCUGAUGCAGCUGCGGAAGUGUACCAACCACCCGUACCUGUUUGACGGAGCGGAACCCGGUCCACCGUACACGACGGAUUGGCAUUUGGUCGAGAACAGCGGCAAGAUGAUCAUUUUGGAGAAGCUGCUGAACAAGCUGCAGGAGCAGGGCUCGCGAGUGCUGAUUUUCAGCCAGAUGACGCGCAUGUUGGACAUUCUGGAGGAUUACUGCCACUGGCGGUACAACUACUGUCGGUUGGACGGUCAGACGCCGCACGAGGAUCGUACCAAGAUGAUUGACGAGUACAACGCCGAAGGCAGCCAGAAGUUCAUCUUCAUGUUGUCGACCCGCGCCGGUGGGUUGGGUAUCAAUUUGGCCACGGCCGACGUGGUCAUCAUCUACGACUCGGAUUGGAACCCGCAGAUGGAUCUGCAGGCCAUGGAUCGUGCCCAUCGUAUCGGCCAGAAGAAGCAGGUUCGCGUGUUCCGUCUCAUUACGGAGAACACCAUCGAGGAGAAGAUUGUGGAGCGGGCGGAGAUCAAGCUGAAGCUGGACAAGCUGGUUAUCCAGCAGGGUCGCCUCGUGGACAACAAGGUCAACCAGCUGAACAAGGACGAAAUGCUCAACAUUAUCCGGUUCGGCGCGAAUCACGUGUUCCAGUCGAAGGACUCGGAAAUCACCGACGAAGACAUCGACCACAUCCUGCAAAAGGGUGAAGCCAAGACGCAGGAGCAAAACGAGAAACUCGACAAACUGGGCGAAUCUUCGCUGCGCAGCUUCACCCUGGACACGGAAAACCUCGAAAACCGUUCCGUGUACCAGUUCGAGGGAGAAGAUUACCGCGAGAAGCAAAAGCUGCACACGCUCGGCUCGUGGAUCGAACCGCCCAAGCGUGAACGUAAGGCCAACUACGCCGUCGAUGCGUACUUCAAGGAAGCCCUGCGCGUCGCUGAACCAAAGGCCCCGAAAGCCCCGCGUCCCCCCAAACAACCCAUCGUCCAGGACUUCCAGUUCUUCCCGCCGAGACUGUUCGAGCUGCUCGACCAGGAAAUCUACCACUACCGCAAGACGGUCAACUACAAAGUCCCCAAGAACAUGGACCUCGGCCAGGAAGCGACCAAAGUUCAACGCGAAGAGCAACGCAAGAUCGACGACGCCGAACCACUCUCCGAGGACGAAAUCGCCGAGAAGGAAUCUCUCCUGACGCAGGGCUUCACCAACUGGAACAAGCGCGACUUCAACCAGUUCAUCAAAGCGAACGAAAAGUACGGCCGCGAAGACAUCGAAAACAUCGCCAAAGAGGUCGAGGGCAAAACGCCCGAAGAGGUCAUGGAGUACAGCGCCGUCUUCUGGGAGCGCUGCCACGAACUCCAGGACAUCGAACGCCUGAUGGGCCAGAUCGAGCGCGGCGAGGCGAAAAUCCAACGCCGUGCCUCCAUCAAGAAGGCCCUCGACAGCAAAAUGUCCCGCUACCGGGCCCCGUUCCACCAGCUCCGCAUCGCGUACGGCAACAACAAGGGCAAAAACUACACCGAAGAGGAGGACCGCUUCCUCGUGUGCAUGCUCCACAAGCUCGGCUUCGACAAGGAGAACGUCUACGAAGAACUGCGCACCGCCGUCCGGUCCGCGCCCCAGUUCCGUUUCGACUGGUUCCUCAAGUCGCGGACGGCGCUCGAACUUCAGCGGCGCUGCAACACCCUCAUCACGCUGAUCGAGCGCGAAAACCAGGAACUCGAGGAAAAGGAACGGCUCGAGAAGAAGAAAAAGACGGGCGGCGGCGGUGGCGCCGGUGGAGGUGCGCAAAAGGCCGCCGCCGGCAAGCGGAAGGCCGAAACGGCGACCACGCCCAGCGACACCAACAAGAACAGCAAGAAGAAGAAAAAAACUUAAGCUAACCUUUUACCUUUUAUCACUGUGACAAACAUUCGUCGUCGGUUAUCAUUGAGAUUGAGGCGCGCGCGCGCGCUGCACGUUGCAUUCACUUUUGUUUGUAUGGUUCUUCUUUUUUUUAUACAAAACACACAAAAAAUACAGCAAACAUACAAAAUGAGCGUGCACGCGCAGUAAUUUAUUCCCCCUCGCCGCGAGUAUUAUUACUUAUUUGAUGUAUGAAAUUGUGUCUGCGAAAUAUUAUCUCAUGGUCUGAACAGAUUUUAAGGUUAGAAAGUUUGAUUGAGCAAACACUUGACAGAGCAAAGCGGAACAUGAAUCUUGAUGCUUCGUCUUCAGGUCGAUUAUAUCCUAAACAUACACCUAUCACUAUCAUAAUGUGGCUCCAUGAAUAACCGAUUUGAAAAGCUAAUAAAGUAUCCAAUUGCAACCAAAAAAUCG